UUUGUGCGUAAUUGAAAUGAGGUGUGAGCAAGACGAUUGUACGCGUGUACUUAGGCUCAAUCUAGCAAACAUUAGGUAGGCAUCUACUGGGGAUUUAAAUCCCAGAUAAUAAAUUCUACAUAGCCUAGUUCUGUUAAAGCUUUUAGAGAGAGCGCAAGAUCGAAAAUGAAUGAGACUGAAUAUCAUGAAGUACCACUUUCCGAAUAUGGUUUCGAACAGCAAUUCGACGAGCGAGUCGCUAUCGAAUGGAUGCAGGAAAACUGGAGCAAGGCCUUUGUGUACUGUGGCCUGUAUGCAGCUCUGGUCUUUGGAGGCCAACAUCUCAUGAAGGAGAGGCCUCAACUUAAUCUACGCAGGCCACUGGUUCUGUGGUCACUCAGCCUGGCCAUCUUCAGUAUCGUUGGAGCAAUUCGAACAGGAUGGUACAUGCUGUAUAUCCUCUCCACCAGUGGUUUCAGACAGUCUAUAUGUGACCAGAGCUUCUACAAUGGGCCUGUGAGCAAGUUCUGGGCUUAUGCCUUUGUCCUGAGCAAAGCCCCGGAACUGGGUGACACGGCAUUCAUCGUGCUCCGUAAGCAGCGGUUGAUCUUCCUGCACUGGUACCACCACGUCACUGUGCUGCUCUACUCCUGGUACUCCUACAAGGACCAGGUGGCUGGAGGCGGCUGGUUCAUGACCAUGAACUACUCUGUUCAUGCACUCAUGUACAGCUACUACGCAGUGCGGGCUACCGGCUACCGGGUGCCACGCCCCUUUGCCGUGGUCAUCACCACCUUCCAGAUCGCCCAGAUGGCCAUGGGGCUGACGGUCAGUUGGCUGGUCUACCGCUGGAUGCAGGAGGGGGACUGCCACUCCUACCUGAACAACAUUGUGUGGAGUUCCCUCAUGUACCUCAGCUACCUGGUCCUCUUCUCCUCUUUCUUCUAUCAGACCUACCUGAAAGGCAAAGGCAGUAACACUGGCAAGAGCUCCAAGACCGACUAAGUUGUGGGGGGAGGGAUUGCUGCAUUGCCCUGACAGGGCCAUUUUAAGCUUUUUGCAACGAUGUCAGCAAUAAGUCUGUCCAUUCUCUACACCCUAUGCCAUUAGUUUACCAGCAGUGAACUGUUUGCUCUCUUUUUCUGAACCUGUCGAGUGACUGCCACACUACACAGUCUGAAGUGUUUACAGUUUACAGGAUUUUUUUCAUGAAGAUGUUGCCUCAUCGGUUUUUAACCUUGCAUGAUUUUUUUGCUCUUUGUAUCAGAAGUUCCAAUCUGUGCAUUCCAACAGGCACAUGUAAUGGCACCCCCUGAGAGUUUCUGUUCCAACCGGUGUGACUGGUUUUCAUUUUAGUUCCAUGGUGCUCUUCUCAACUUGUCAAUGGACCAAAUAAGAGGGCGUAUAGCUGGUAUGCCCAUGCCCAACCCCAAUAUUUGGAAUUUCUAAUUAAUUACCUUGGAUUAGCCUACACCAGCAUAUCUCACUGUAACAGUCUCUUGGGUGUAGGCCUUCUGUAUUUCUGAACUGGUUCCCAAAAUGUACCCUGUGAGAUACAGUAUUUGGUCACUUAUUUGAACGGAGGUGUAGUUGUGCUCUGCCUCGAGGGAAUCCCCCUGAAAGCAGCUAUUUGUGGUGCUCAUAUAAUAUACACGUUUUAUUCAUAUGAUUGCAGCUGGAAUGGUGCCAGAACUUUGGUCUCACUCAACAAUUGUUAAUUAUUUGCACCAGAUAUGAUGCAUAGUUAUUUGUUUUUGUGCUCUUAGGAUGUGAGAUACCAUGUUGCUUUUUUCGGAUACAUCAGAGUGGUUUUUGGUUUCACUUUGUCACUUUCUGGUGAGAAUGCUGUGUAUUGAGUGGAAUUCCUAACUAAAAAGUAUGUUCUGUUGUGAGUGUCAGGUAUUUUGUCUCCCUCUACCUCAUAAAAUAAAAUACAUGUUAAGACCUGUUUUAGAAAGGGAAUGUUUUGUGCUUUUAAGUAGCUGGACACUGAUUUGGUAUGUUGACAUGACUACAUUUAUUUGUCUUGCUGUUAAUUCAGUUCUGUAUUUAUUCAAGCAUAUUAUUUAACUUAAUUUACAGCUUCAAGGGAUUAUGCAUGUUUACAGGUUAGUCCCUUAAAAAGCAAACUCAAGAUGUUAUACC